GUUAGUUCACUCUAAAACUACAACCAUUUUCUUAACACACAUCAAUACAUAGACAGUGAAGAAUCUGGAAAUGUUGUCAUAUAUGUUGAUUGUAUGCUGUGUUGUCACGAGUCAUGCAGAAAAAACACACAGAGAGCGACGAGACGUUAAUACUGAUUUGCUUGAUACAUGCGCCUCCAUCACCGAAAACACCGGGAAUCCCUGUGUAAAUAAUCCAUGUCACCCACCAGCUGUAUGUCUCACAUCGUGUACUGAAUUAGGAUAUAUAUGCCUGUGUCGUACUGAUGUAUUCACUGGUGCUGAUUGUGAUGUAGUGAAUGUUAAAAUUGCUCAAGAUGGAAGUGAAUGCUACUACGAAGAUGAUGGCAGUGACUAUCGCGGUUCUCUUAACGUUACAAAAAAUGGAAGGACAUGUCAAAACUGGUUAAAACAGUAUCCACACACCCACACAAUUACACGUAAAAAUUAUCCUUCAUUUGGGCUGGGAGAUCACAAUAGCUGUCGCAAUCCAGAUAACGGUUUGGGUAUAUGGUGUUACACAACUGAUCCAGGGGUACGAUAUGAAUAUUGUGAUGGUAUUCAACCAAUGGAAUAUUGUGAAUAUGAACAGCCACCUAAUGUAUCUUACGUUGGGUGCUACCGUCAGUAUGAGCAUGAAAACUGGGUUGAGAUUUCACGUAGAACGUUUACUCCCGGCAAAUGUGUCAGACACUGUGCUAAAUAUGGUUUAUUAUUUGCAUCAGUGAGAGUGGAUGAUGAAGUUAAAUGCUACUGUGAUAACAUGUAUGACCGAACACGACCAAUGGAUAAAUCUAAUUGUAGCACACCCUGCCCGGUUAAUAAGAACUACUUCUGCGGGGGCACGGACAGUGUAUCUGUGUACUACACCGGAAUACCUUAUCCAAAACUAGACACGUGUGGAUUCGGUGAUGAAAUCGGAUUACUUCUUAAUUCCCAAAAAUGUUUAUGGUUUUCAAUGGAAGCAAAAACGUGGAUGGAAUCUGAGCAGGACUGUGUUUUACGCGGUGGACAUUUAACAAGAGUACAGGACAAGGUCACUCUGGAGGCAAUUGUCUACCAUAUUUUCGAAGCGUAUAGAGGGUUGGAAACGUAUUCGUACUGGAUUGGUGCAAAUGACUUAGAGCACGAAGACCAAUUCAUCUACAACGACAUUGAUGAGACAGUAGUUGACACAGAAACAGACUUGUUUUACAGUGGUGAGCCUAACAAUUUAGGGACCAAUGGACAACAGUGCCUAAUUCUGUUGAAUGACUUUGGGUUUCGGAUUGAUGAUAUGUGGUGUGAUAUGUCGCAUCGUUAUAUAUGUACACCUAAUGACAUCAUAGUCUCUUCAGAUGAUGGUUGUGGUGUUGGUGGAAAUGGGGCUUUACGUAAUGGAACUUGUUUCCAUCUCAUCAAAGAGGUUCAUAAUUGGGAUUAUGCAAAUUUAGCGUGUGCCCGAGUGGGUGGACGACUUGCGACUAUUAAAGACAGAGCUACUCAGUUGUUUAUCAGACAUCAAGCACUGCUGAGUGGAAGUAACGGAAGUUGGUGGUUUGGACUACAUUAUGACAGUGAAAUGAAUGGAAUGGUGUACACAGAUCAAUCACCUGUUCAGAAUGAAGCCAUGUUUACCAGCCAGAUUCCCCAAUCUGGUGAUUGCACAGUAUUAGACUAUGAAUAUAACUAUUUCUGGAAACAGACCAGCUGCGCUGACAAUAAUUUCUUCAUCUGCCAAGAAGGAUGGGAAAUGGCAGAAGACAACAAGUGUUAUUUAUAUUUAGGAUAUUCGUUCUCUGGGAACUAUUCAGAUAGCCUUCAGCAUUGCGAAAUGGCUGGGGCAUUAUUGGUUAACAUAAAUACCGAACCAAUAAACCAGUUUGUUGUUGAUCUUAUACAGAAUUCAUGUAUUGGCUGUAGUGGUUAUUCCUGGAUCGGUAAUUUAGUUGAUGAUCCAAAUGUCCAAUUUGAAAACUGGGCGGUCGACAAUAUUACACUUUCGGAGAAGUGUUCAUCCAUCGAUAUUACAGAAGGGAGAAUGAUGGAAGUCUUAAAAAUAUCACCGCACAAGGAGGAUGAUAUGAAAUAUGGAAUAAUCGCACAGAACGAAAGCAGUCUCGAAAAAAACUUAUAUUUAGAUGCAAAGAAACAAGCUAAAAAACACGCAAAUGAAACUACCUAUAUGUUAGUAGUCUUCAAGUGA